UGCUUGCUCACUAUUUUUUUUUUUUUUUUUGCUGAUCCUCUGCUGUAAUCUAUGUUUUCAACUUCUCCUCCGGAAGUCUUUGUUUGACAGCUCAGCACCCACCCAGGCAGCCCUUCUCCAUUCCUCACUCUCCUCCUCUCUGCCUCACCACUUUCAGAGUGCAUCUUCUCUCUCAUUUGCAUUUGUUCUGCUUCCUCGUGACGACAAGCAGUUCAUGUCAAAGAGCUGUGCACGAAAAUUACCACGAGCUGCACGAAAGUGGGGGACGCCGAGGACUCCCGCCAGGCUGCUGGAAGACUUUGUGAGCCAGCUUACUGGCACUGAAUGAAGUGUAAGUGAAGAAGGUAAGUGGAGACCUGACAUUAGUACAUUUCAACAGCAGCAGCAUUGUUACCAUGGAGACUGGCAAGCCAGGGUUGGUGAGUCCUCCGGUGCAUGUAAGCUCCAUUGCAGCUCUGACAGAGAAAAAGAUGGACAUCCAGGCCCCACUGACGGCUCUCUACAUCCACACCGUGCCUGCACUACCAGCUCAGCCUUACCUUCAGCCUCCAGCCGCUGCCCAGGAGCCCUCAGCCAUCCAUCUGGCCGUGCCGCCUCUCUACUCAAAGGACACGCUUCCCGUUCUGACACUCCAUAUUGCUGGUGGGCUGCAGUGCCAACUGCAGGGGCUGAGUGUGGCAGCUGCACCCACAGCCAGAGUCAAGUCAGCAGGAAAACAUGUGUGUCCGCACUGUGGACGGGACUGCAUGAAGCCCAGCGUUCUGGAGAAGCAUCUUCGCUGCCACACCGGGGAGCGACCUUACCCUUGUGCCACUUGUGGAGUUUCUUUCAAGACUCAAAGCAACCUCUAUAAGCACAAACGUACCCAGGCUCACGCCCGGCUUUCGUCAGAAUCAGAGCAGAGCAGCAUGGGCAGCCUGGACAGCUCGUCCAGCUCCAGGGAGACAUGUACUUCGAGUCUCUCUCUGGAAGACCGCAGUGAGGAGUUGGACACCAUUGAGAAAGCUAAAACAACUACAGGUGAGGUUGCCUCUCCAACCGGUACAGCAAAGGUAUGUUUGGCAAAAACCCAAAGUUCUAUCGGGGAAGAGAAUAAACCGACAGAGGCAAAUGCUAAUGGAAAGCUAACAAAAGGAGUGGAAAAGCAGAGGACAGAAAAUGAAAAAACUCCUGUAACUCUAAGUCGACACCUUCCCCUUCAGAGACAAGAGGCCACCCUGUUUUCCAAACAGUGGGAGAGCUCUGUCUGCAGAGGGAAAUCUCAAAGCCACGAGAGCACUGACUCAGGCUUCAGUGAGAGCAGCGAUCAGUACCCUAGCCCCGGCAGCAUUUUACUCGACCACAGUAUGGAUUCCCUCACGGAGUCCACCAAGGAGCAUCUUGAAGACGCCGCCAGCUCAGCCACACCCACAGAACCAGGCCAAAGUGGACAGGAACCCAAAGACACCACAAGACAGCAGGAGCAGAAGAGUCUGGCUGAGCGCAUAUCCAAACUGAUUUCAGAGAAUUCUGCAGUGGUGGAGGACAAACAGCUGGAGAACGUGAGACCGCGGAAAACAGUCCUGUCGAAGCAAGGCAGCAUCGACCUCCCCAUGCCCUACACGUACAAAGACUCUUUUCACUUUGAUAUGAAAAUUGGUAAGAGCACUAACGUUGAGGUGCAAAGAAACAGAAACCCUGGGCUCUAUAGCUCUGUGCCUACUCAGCCCUCCACCACAGUGUCACACGCUCCUUUAACCCGAAGCAACUCUCUCCCCUUCAGCGUUGCCCUUCUGCAGCCUGAGAGGAGCAGCCCCACUCAGAGCGAUUAUGUCACCCUAAUCCGUAGGGGAAGCUCAGGCCAGAUCAAUCCAACAGGUUUUUCUAUGAAGACUGUGAACCAGCAGUCAUCCACCCACCGCCCACUGGUCCGACAGACAGCCGUAGACUGCAACCACGCACCAGACGCUCCCUUCAUGAAUUCAUCUGUGGAGGAGGCUUCCACCGGCAGUCUCAGCUGCGAUGGGGAUGGUGGUGACAUUUGCGGAGAGCCAAGUAACAGAAAGUUCCGCAGGAAGAAAACACAGAAGUUUGCCUACAACAAGUGGUACAUGUAUGGGGGAGGGACAUUCAAAAAACUCUACAACGCUGAAAAAAACGGCAACGGUGGAGUCGGCAAAAGCACAAAAUCUGUGCCUAACCCAGACCGAGGAGUGGUUCAGGGAAUCCAGAGAAGCUUAUCGGUAGUUCAAAAAGAAGCAGUAUCAACUCCCUCCUGCACCCCUGCCAGGCUACAGUUCACUGCUAGUGUGGAUUUGAGCUCAAAGCCACGUCAGCUUCAGGCCCCAUGCGGCUCUCUUCGAAGAAAUCUCUCUUUGUCGGCGUUGCCGUUGCCUUUGGUUGGGUCAUUGGUGACAUACAGCGCUGACAGACUCAGCAGAGCAAAGACUACAGAGCAACAUACCUGCUCCACCUCACAACCUGGUGAAGCUUAUAUCCCCUCAGACAGGAAAAAGCAGAAAACAGAUGACAGAAUCAUCCACCCCCUGGAGAUGGAGAUCACCCCAAACAAACUGACCCACCACCCCGCCUCUGUCACAGUUAAUGCGCCCUGGCAAGAUACAAAAGUCACUUGUAGCAACCCAAAUGCAAACUUUAUUCCGUUUAAAGAAGCUCUUUUCCCUUCAUGCGUUAUAAAUGUAAAUACCUCGUCUAUGAGCACUCCACCAGCUACAGCCAAUCCCUUCACUGCCAAGACCAGCUUCCUGCCCAAAUACCAGCUCAAGUUACCCAAUGCUGCAGAGCCAACGCCAACUCCUUCACAACAGGCUGUCGGUCAACCUCCAGAACCUGACCACUGCAGUUUAAACUCUGGCCCGUCAUCCUGUCAAAACAAACAAUCCUCAUUCCCAACUCCUGAAAAGAAAUGUGAGGAGCAAACACGUGACUUCCCUGCCCCGGCCACAGUUCUCUGUCAGGCUGAAACAUUUGAAACAUCAAGGCCUGAUCACAAUGGAACAACAAAUUCAGCUGUAGAUUGUCAGCAACUUGCAACAAACACGACAACCCUGACCUACGUUCAUGGUUUUCACACAGGAGCAUGCAGCACGUCAAUGCAGAAUUUAUCCCUAAGAACUAGUUUGGCCCCGACACCAAUGCAAAUACACCUGACGGCUGAGAACAAUCCUGCUACACCCACCACAUCCUCAGGCAACAUUCAACCAGCUUCUUCUGCCAUCACAGGUUUCACACAAGACAGUAAAACACAUUCAUCAGUAGCAUUGGAGACGUCAGCCCCUGGAGAUGGAGCAACUGCUGCCUCAAACACCUCUGGUCUACCUGGCCCCAUUAUACCCUACGACCUCGUGCAGCCAACUGCUCAGAAUGUGUUUCAUGUUCACACAUCAGACCUUCAGAUCUGUUUCCAGAUCAUAUCAGACGAGCAGCUAGCCCUCAUCGAACCCCAGAUUGAGAGGCAGGUCACCUCAGCAGGGGGUUCUUUCUCUCAGAGAUGUGACUUCGAAGCAGAAGAGACCCAAAAGAGACCACAAAUUUCUGUUGCCAUGGAAAAUAAUAAUGAGGAAAAGCCAGGGCAGCAAAAGGAGGUAAACCAAAAUGAGGCUUUGUUGUUACUUAAAAUGGAGAAGCCGAAACCUCCACUGUCAGUGCACUCUGAAAAGGCCCAGCCACAUGCCUUCAUAACUCAGGAUGGUCAUUCCAAUCAGGCUGCUUUAUCAGAUGAAUUAAAACCUUCUGAAGCUGUCAGCUUAUCUUUACACCCACCCAAAUACAACCACUCCAACAUGCCGACGGAGACUUUGACAUCAACAUGUGACAUAACAUCACGACAGAACCACAAACCAGAGGUGGAACGUGGUCCAUCUCAGCACGGUUGCACAGAGAAACAAGCUGGAACGGUCUGUGAGACACCAGCUGGCCCACAAACGUUAUGCCCUGCAAACAUCACGUCGCUCACUCUCAACGCCUCACAGCAAAACAGGCGGCUUAGAAAUAGCACAAUCCGUCUCACGUGCGCCUGUGGCGCUUCGUCUGACCUCCACUCCUGCAUCAUGUGCUGA